UAGACCAAAAUUAUCUCUCGUGGCAAGAGAACGUGUUCAGCACGCUCCGAUAGAAAAUCUCAUUCUGCCACCGAGCCGGAUCAUUCCGGAGUGCGUACUAGAAGCAGAAACAUCAACCGGACGCGAAAGUUAAAGCAUCCGCUGGAGUAUCAUCACCGUACACACGGCGUGAAGAUAACAGAAGUUCACCAUUGUUGUGAAACGCACACAACGCCGCCUAUCAAUUGUGUAAUGCACGAUCCGAGUGUGCGGCGAGCGACAUAGAUCGGUCUGAUUUUUCGCAAAGUGAUUCUGCGUGUGCGUGUGUGUGUGUGUGUCUGUGCGUGUUUACAUCUCUGUAUGUUAGUUGGGUAAAAAUAACCUUUACAAGUGUCGAGGAUCUGUGCGAAGAUCCCGGUGUUGUGUGCUAGUCAGCAGCAGGGUGAAAGUGGUAAAGAAUUUCCCCAUCUUUCCGGCUGCCCGCAUCGUCGUGCCCCGCGCUGUGUGCAAGACCGUUUUUUGAUAGCUCGCGUGUGUAGUUGUGUGUUGUUUACAUUGUGACGCGUUGCCACGGAAGAAAGUGCCGACGCGGUAUCGCGUGGCCGCAGCGUAACAAUAAUCGUACGAUACCGUUGACACACGUCUGCCACAUAAUCACUUUCCUCUCGCAAGCGCGCACGCCGCCGCCACCGCCACACACGUGGGCAAAAAAAAAAGAGAGCAGCAGUGUGAAAGCGAACAAGGAAAAGGCACCGAUCCGAGUAGCCGCCAUCGUAAAGCAACAGUAGCGCUAGCUAGGGAUAGGCAGGGGAAGAAAAACCGAGGGUAGGUGAGGCGCGCUCCACGUUCGAAUGCCUUCGAGUCAAGGGUACAGCAAAGUUGCGUCGGAACCUCCGAUCGAUCCCGUGGACAGCAGCACCGCGGACAGCAGCAGUAUGCCGGCCGGUGGUGGGAACGUUGGUGCGGCGGCAACCGCCAUCAUGGGCAAAGCACCGGCCAGCGGUGGCAUUCAGUCUAAUCCGGCGGGGAAAAUCCCGGCCACCAACUCACAGCAGCGCCUGAUGCCGACGGACUCCGACUCGGUAACGUCCUCGAUGGACGAGGGCGAGCUGCGCGUCGCGCGGGGGAACCCGCACGACGAGGACACGGACACAGUCACGACGACGACGACCAGCUCGAUCGGGGCGAACGCUUGGUUCACGGUAGGCGUCCUGUGCUUCGUCAACCUCAUCAACUACAUGGACCGGUUCACGAUUGCGGGUGUACUGACAGAGAUACAGGACCACUUUAAGAUCGGCGAUGACGAGGGUGGCCUCCUGCAGACCGCGUUCGUGCUGUCCUACAUGGUGUUCGCACCGCUGUUCGGCUAUCUGGGCGACCGGUACUCGCGCAAAUGGAUCAUGGUGCUGGGCGUGUCGCUCUGGAGCACGACCACCCUGCUCGGCUCGUACAUGGACCAUUUCGGGUGGUUCAUCACGUUCCGGGCGCUGGUCGGCAUUGGCGAGGCGUCCUACAGCACGAUAGCGCCCACGAUCAUCUCCGACCUGUUCGUCGGCGAGAUGCGAUCGAGGAUGCUGGCCCUGUUCUACUUCGCCAUCCCGGUCGGGUCGGGCUUGGGGUACAUCGUCGGUGCCAAGAUGGCCAGCAUUAUGAACUCGUGGGUAUGGUCGCUGCGCGUGACGCCGGUGCUGGGUGCGAUCGCGGUGGUGCUGAUCGUGAUGCUGCGGGAUCCGCAGCGCGGCCAGAGCGAGGGCACACACCACAUGCAGACCACCUCGUACAAGGAGGACGUGAAGGCGAUCAUGCGCAACCGUUCGUUCAUGCUGUCGACCGCCGGCUUCACCUGCGUGGCGUUCGUGACCGGUGCGCUGGCCUGGUGGGGUCCGAAGUUCAUCCAUCUGGGGCUGAUCUCGCAACCGGGCAACGAGCAUGUUACACUUAACGACGUUUCGUACAAGUUCGGAACCGUCGCAAUGGUGGCUGGGCUGAUCGGGGUACCGCUUGGCACACUGCUAUCGAGCCGAUUGCGGCCACACUAUAGGAAUGCGGAUCCACUGAUUUGUGCGGCCGGCUUGAUCACCAGCUCGCCGUUGAUUUAUCUGGGCCUGGUGGUGGUGAAGUACAGCGGCGGCUGGUGCUUUACGCUGGUGUUCUUUGCCGAGGUGGCACUCAAUCUGUCCUGGCCGAUAGUGGCCGACAUGCUGCUGUACGUCGUUGUGCCUACGAGACGAUCGACCGCAGAGGCCUUCCAGAUUCUUAUCUCCCACGCAUUCGGUGAUGCUGGCAGCCCGUACUUCGUGGGUGUGAUUUCGGAAUCGAUCAAGCGAGUGCUUCGCAUCGUGCACGAUGCCGUCGCAACCGAUGCGUACCACCCGAGCGUCGAAUCGUCGUCCUCCCACUCGAUUGCCGUCCUGUCGCAGCUGGCCGAAAACUCGACCGUGGCCAUGCUGCAGGCCGCCAGCCCGCCGGCAGAGGAUUCGCCGCUGGUGCAGUUCCGCGCGCUGCAGUACGCGCUGUUUUCCACCUGCUUCGUGGAGAUCCUCGGCGGCGUGUUCUUCCUCGUGACCGCGUUCUACAUCGAUCGGGAUCGGGCACGCGUCGAAGCGGUGGUGCUAGGCUGUCAGCUAGAGCUAAGCGAGAGUUCCGCCUCGGACGGUAACGGUACGGACGAUGGGCAGCGGUCACCGGUCGGUGGUCCCGCCGGCAGUACCGGCGGCAGUAGUAGCGCUGCCUUCUCGGCCGCCUCGACCAUCGACGCCUCCUAACGGCGCCGACAGACGUGUGAGGUUAUCUAAUUGGUGGUGUCCUUCGGUUCGUAACGCUCCCUCUCUCUCUGUGCGUGGCGUACUUUACCACGUAUGUGUGUAUGUUACCACUAUCGUUACGAAUUGAAGGACGCGCGGCGGUGCUUGCUGGAAGGUGGAAUCAAAGUUGUUACAAUUGUUGUUUGUAAUUCUAAGACACCUCAGUCCAGCAGUUGCCGCAGCAGCGUCAAUUAGAUAAGUUUGCUUUCGCACGGCGCUGCUUUUGGUUUUUUAGGUAAUCAAUCAAAUAAUGCUUCGGCGCACCAGCUAGGUGGAUCCGUAUCGGACAUGGAAGACGCGUUACCACCGCCAAGCACAAGGCAAUAAAGCCACGUGUGCAUACAUAGAGACACAGUUAUAUCAGGAAGAACGCAAAGGCUUUCAUCCCGCGUUGCGAAGGUUGGUCGACAAGGAUUGCAUUUCGCUGCGCUCUUGCUUGAAGAGCAGCAGCAGCAGCAGCAGCAGCAGGAGAAGGAUCAUUGAUCAAAUAUGCCUCGGUUCCUAGCGGGGACUCCCUAUUGGAGCGUUCGUUGCACGACGCCGACAAAGUGUGUGGUGGGGUAGUGUUUAACUAUACCAAGGACUUGCGAAGCAAAGUAAGCAAUGGCAACACACACACACAAACAGAACUGAACGCCAAACGUGCACAACCGCAGCACGUGGUUUAUUGUCAAUACCAUAUAUAUAUUUAUAAGCAGUGAAAGAGAGUACACGAUAAGAAGAUAGCUUGAGUGGGUAUGCGUGUGUGAGACGGCUAACAGUGCCGCAGCAGUUCGCUCAUUCUCACGGAGCCGUACACGGAGGCGUUUGCAUCAUCACAUUUGUUGCGAGAGAUCAGGUUAGAUUUAAGGACACUUCCCUCACCCUAGUUAGCACCCAUCCCUCCUGCAGUUAGCUGUACUACUGGAUCGAUCCCCGAUAUCGUUACUUCGUGCUGUGCUUUAACGACGAUUACUAAACCGGCUCCGCGGCAGGAGGAGGAAUGAUGCAAGACGCCGUUCUAAAUUGUAAUACGUGUAAAUAGCUCCACUCCACCCCAACAACACCUACCCAUCGUCUAUCAUUCACUCCUCCGGCUGGUGUUCUCUACACUGUGUUAGGGUUAGCCGGUAAGUAGACGCGUUUAGAAUAAUGAAAUUCAAGCCCCAUUCAUCAUCGAAUCACGCAUCGAACGAUCGAACCGCGUUUAGAAAGUAAGUAGUGCGUGAUAGUAGAACACAAGCGCAUGGGGAAUGGAAAAUGGGGGCGAAAAGAAAACAGUAUGAUACAAACAAUUUAGGACAUAGUGAAACACGCGAUAGUGACGCGAGCAGGAAAGAAGCCAACACAUCAUCUUUUGGUGUACACGUGCAAUCGAACGUUUUGUGGGUGUUUGCGGGAUCAUAGGGAGAUAGAGGGCGAAGAAACCCGAAAGCAAUAGUCUGUGAGAAGGUAUUUUCCGGAAGAAGGGGCCAUUUAUAUUGCCUGUAGCGCGUUUUCUACGCAUCCAAUUUCGGCUGUUUUUUUUUUUUUUUGGGUAAACUAUUCACAAAAGGCACAAAAGGGGCAACAAAUAAAUACAAGUUUAGGAAUAAAUUUGACUGACAAAAGAAAAUGAUUAGCGAUUAGCGAAAGAUUGUUGAUAAAAAAAACAGAGGAACAGUGGUUUUGGAUUGUUUUUGGCGCUUUCUUUUGUUUGUUUUUAAUCACAAACGAUUGUCCGUUACAGGGCAUGCGGCAAUCAUCCUUUGGUUCUUUGAUUUUGAUCAAAGUUUUUGCUAACCUUUGUGCAAUCAGUGUGUACUGUUCAGCAAACUCACUCAGCUACCAAACAAAAAAAAAAAAUCGAACGCCUGAACACACUACUGAACCUAGCAGCAAAGGGCGACGGGAAGUGAGUCCAUCAUCCCAUUUCAUCGCGCUGUUGCUGUUUUGCCUUACGAAAAUGGUGCGUGAUUGUGUUGUUAAAUUGUGGUUGAGGGGUGCAAUGGGUGCAAAAGACUUCUGGUAGGGGAUGCGUUAGUUGGGUAAGAGUAUAGAGAGAAGUGAUGAUAGUAGUUUGCAAACAACCCGUUUAUUUAUUAUUAGAUUGUCUGUUUUUCUUUACAUUUGGAAGGAAGGAAGGACGGAAGAGAGGAAGAGAGGUCUAAGGGUUAACGAAAGGAGAAACCAAGCGACGGUUCGGACGGUGCAAAGGAAUAGAUAACGAAUGGAAUAAAUCGAAAACGUAUAUAAUUUA